AUGGAGCUUCUUCCAAUUUUCAAAAAGGCCUACUGGCUUCUGGCAGCUAGCGGCCUCCUAUAUUUACUAGCUGUCCUGUCCUUGACACACCCAGGUGUCCAACGAGGGUAUCUAUUCAAGCUUGCCUUUCACUACCAAUCCCAGGUCCAACCUUUCACUCUUACUACCCCUGAUAAUGAAACCCUUUACUCCUGGCACAUUAUUCCCACACAUCUUUACAAGGACAAUGAGGAUCUGCUUUUACAGAACCCUCCUUCAGGGCCUCCAGAUGACAUUACCAAGACACCUGCAUUCCAGCUGUUAGCAAAGGAGAAAAACUCAAGGGUCGUUGUGAACCUUCAUGGGAAUGCAGCUGACAUCGGGACUGGAUAUCGUCCCAAAGUUUAUCAAAAUUUCCUCUCUGCCUCCACUCCGUCUCGACCUGUCCAUGUCAUUGCCUUUGACUAUAGGGGAUUUGGGAGAUCUACAGGUAAACCAACCGAAGAAGGGUUAAUUACGGAUGCUCUUACUGUAGUUAACUACUUAACCUCACCACCACUCUCGAUUUCCCCCAAAAGGAUUGUCAUUGCAGGUCAAAGCUUAGGAACAGCUGUUGCCAGUGCCCUAGCUGAACGCCAUACGUUCGGAAAUCCUUCAGACUCCUCCCCUGUAAAGGCCAAAGAGUCAUUUGCAGGGGUCAUUCUCAUGGCACCAUUUACUAAUAUCCCACAGCUUCUCCACUCUUACUGCAUCAUGGGUUUUAUUCCUCCAAUUCUUUCACCUUUACUUCAAUACCCACAGCUAAAGAAAUACAUACUGGAUCGCCUCCUGGAUCGAUGGGACACAGCAGCUAGACUUGCUGCUUUGACAGGCAUUGCCCCAAAACAGGCACAAAACCACGAGUCGUUGCCAUUUGAUUUGACCAUUAUACACGCUAUCAACGACCGUGAUAUUCCAUGGCGUGAAGGUAGAAGUGUAUGGGACGCAGCUACUGGUGGAGAAAUGGCUGUUGAACUUGGAUCCUUUACGCACAAUCAUACUUCUGAAGAUGGAGUCAUCCAAUCCACCGUAUGGGAGAGAAUGGAUGGGCCUAGUAAGGCAUUGAAGAGAGUUAGGUGGGAAAGGGUUAGAUAUGGAGGUCAUAAUGAAAUCGGUACCCUCAAUACCGUUGCUGUUGCUCUCCUGAGACUUCUCGAUAAACCAAUAUAA